AAUGCAAACUUAUUUUUUGGCGGCUGUUCUAGGCCAUCGUACUUAUUUAGCAUCGUUGAAAUGAUAUUAGUUAUUGAUCCAGUUAGCAUUAAAAUGGCGGAGCUGGUUGACGUACGGGACGACGAAGGGCAUUUUAUGAAAUUGAAAAAGUAUGAUGGCAGAUACUAUGGCCAACAUUUCGUUGGCAAUGUCAAGGACCAUCUGGCUGCAAUAGACUCGAUGGACGUCAGAGAUGAUGACACUUUCAUUCUCUCAUAUCCAAAGUCAGGAACUCAUUGGGCAUUUACUCUAGCCAGCAUGCUGCGUACAGGUGAAACGGUUUACAGAGGAUCACCGACAUUCUUAGACUUCACCGAUAUGGAAACACUUGAUAAUCUUCCGUCCCCUAGAGUUUUUGCGAGUCACAUGACAUUUGACUUCAUGCCUAAACAAGUUAAGGAAGGGAAAGGCAAGGUCAUUGCAAUAUUUCGGAACCCAAAGGACGUUUUCACGUCACUCUACACAUUCGUUAAGAAAUUGGAUCAUGCUAGCUUAAAAGAUACUUACCAAACUACGUGGGAGAGCUUGCUCACCUUUUACGUUGAAGGCAGAAUUUUCUACGGUUCCUGGUUUGAAUAUAUGCAAUCUUGGGAUGAAGUGAGGAGGGAGCACAAUGGAAACAACAUAAUGUAUCUCAUUUAUGAAGACAUGAUACAGAACCUGAGCCCACAUGUUCAGAAGUUGGCAUCCUUUCUUGGAGUCACUUUCGGACCGGACUUCCCAGACAAGGUGGCUGAAAAAUGUACAUUCCGGAAUAUGGCUGAAGAGGCCACAAGAACAUUCACACCAUCCGACCAGUGGGAGAAUUACACAAACAAUAAAACACUUCCCAUCUACCGGAAAGGUGCAGUCGGAGACUGGAAAAACUAUUUUACAGUUGCGCAAAACGAACAUUUUGACAAAGUGUACAACGACAAAAUGAAAAAUUCAACUUUUGGAUUUCGAUUUGAAUAACAGUGUUAUAUUUUAAAUCUGAAUUAGCGUGUUAGAAAGGCAUCAAAUACUUUUAUAUCAUAGCAGAACACGACUGUAAAACAAGGAUUGCCAUUGAAAUAGUGUCUGUAUGCUUAUAGUUGUUUAGCACUCUAAAUCAAAUACGUAUCAUUUCUCUUAUAAGACAAUACUCAGCAGAAAAAUGUUUAUACCCUCGAUCAGCAAACUGUUGUGUGGAGUUGUGUAUGUAUAUUUCAGCAUCCUAUAAAUAAAUGUUUA